GGGGGCGGUGGCUCGCUCUGAGGCGGCUGCGAGCGGCUCGCGGCGCGCGGCGCGCGUGGGUCCUGCCGCGGCUUCGGGGCCGUGCGGGCGCCGAGGACAGGGGUCGGCGCGUUCCGCAGCGCCUUCCUCCCGCGGCCGGCCGUCGUCUGGCCGGCUCCCGGGCGCAGCCUCGCGCGGGGCCGGCUGGAACCGCUCCUCGGGUCGGACGAUGCCCAGGAAACUGCUGCUGCUGCCCCCGCUCUGCGUGUCCUCGGCUCUCCGCGCCCCGCGAGCUCGCCCCGCAGCCCCGCCGGCCAUGAACGCCGCUCGCACCGGCUACCGAGUCUUCUCGGCCAACUCCACGGCCGCCUGCACCGAGCUGGCCAAGCGCAUCACCGAGCGUCUGGGGGCUGAGCUGGGCAAGUCUGUCGUGUACCAAGAGACCAACGGAGAAACGCGAGUUGAAAUCAAAGAAUCUGUUCGUGGCCAAGAUGUUUUCAUUAUCCAGACCAUUCCCAGAGAUGUGAAUACGGCUGUGAUGGAGUUACUGAUCAUGGCUUCCGCCCUGAAGACGGCCUGUGCCCGGAACAUCAUUGGCGUCAUCCCCUACUUCCCCUACAGCAAGCAGAGCAAGAUGAGGAAGAGGGGCUCCAUCGUGUGCAAGCUCCUGGCCUCGAUGCUGGCCAAGGCUGGUUUAACACACAUCAUCACCAUGGACCUUCAUCAGAAGGAGAUCCAGGGCUUCUUCAGCUUUCCCGUGGACAACCUGCGAGCCUCGCCUUUCCUGCUCCAGUACAUCCAGGAAGAGAUUCCAAAUUACAGAAAUGCAGUCAUUGUGGCUAAGUCUCCUGAUGCUGCAAAGAGGGCCCAGUCCUAUGCCGAGAGACUGCGUCUGGGUUUAGCUGUGAUCCACGGAGAGGCUCAGUGCACGGAGCUGGACAUGGACGAUGGCCGCCACUCCCCGCCCAUGGUCAAGAACGCCACUGUGCACCCAGGCCUGGAGCUGCCCUUGAUGAUGGCCAAGGAGAAGCCGCCCAUCACCGUGGUCGGGGAUGUCGGAGGACGCAUCGCCAUCAUAGUGGAUGACAUCAUUGAUGACGUGGAGAGCUUCGUUGCCGCUGCGGAGAUCCUGAAGGAAAGAGGUGCUUACAAGAUCUACGUGAUGGCCACGCAUGGCAUCCUGUCUGCCGACGCUCCCCGCCUCAUUGAGGAGUCCUCCAUCGAUGAGGUGGUGGUGACCAAUACGGUGCCCCAUGAGAUCCAGAAGCUGCAGUGCCCCAAGAUCAAGACCGUGGACAUCAGCCUCAUUCUGGCGGAAGCAAUUCGGAGGAUCCACAAUGGCGAGUCUAUGGCCUACCUGUUCAGAAACAUCACCGUGGACGACUAGCCCGCCCUAGCUGGGGACCCCUCCACAGGGCACACGUGUGCCACAGUGCUGGUAGCCGCCACGCGCAUCUCCCAGCAAGGGGUGCUGGGGUG